CAUAACCAUAAAGUCAUAUAUAGAUGAAAACCCAAGUAUAAAUAUAGAGUACGUGAUUCCCAAAACUCCUCCCUUCCAGUUCCCACCUCCCAUUCCCAAUCUCUUCCAACUCCCUUUUAUUCUCUCUCUCUCUCUCUCUCUCUCUCUCUCUCAUCUGCUCUAAGUACAAACUGUGUCAGAGCUCAGAAAAACUAAGUAGCCUUUUGUUCCUCUGAGCAAGAGGUCCCUUUGUGUCCUCACAAAAUCCAUACUGAUCAAACUGUUUUCCUUUCUCUUUUUCGUAAACAGCCCUCCUCCUCCAUACCCACCUCCCCAAAACCCUAAAGGGUAUUUAUCAUCUUUAGUUUGGCAUCAAUGAACACCCAGCGUUUAUCGUUAAACCCUGCUUCUUUCAAAACGAGGUUCACCCGGCUUUUCCUCCAAGCCCUCGCGAGGCUAAACAGGCCAAACCCCGGUAGUUCUGCUUCGUCUGCUUCCAGUCUACGUGAUUUCUUUCGCCGCCAGCGAAAAGUUAAGGCUGCCGCCGACGCAUCCAUGGCCUGUGCCGCCGGCGCAAGAAGAGCUUGGAGCCGAGCAUUGCUUCGGAAGUGCCGUCAGCGGUUACAGCGCCGCCGUGCUUUGGGCGGAAAGAUCGGCAUGAGUACAGUGAGAAAAAGAAGUGAAGUAGGGAAUAAGGGUUGGGAAGGGAUUGGCUCAGGCUCCGGCCAAGCGCACGAGCUCCGGCGGCUUGUACCGGGCGGGCAAGCCAUGGAAUUCCACGCCUUGGUGAGAGAAGCUGCCCAUUAUAUAAAGUGCCUUAACGCUCAGAUAGAGGCUAUGAGAAGCAUAGCCGAUCUUUACUCUGCCUUGGCUCGCUGAUUUGAUUGGGUGGAAACCGAGAAAGAUCAGAUGAUAGAGCUCUAAGAUAGAGGGAAGCUAGUACCCUGAUAGACAGGGUAAGCGUUUUGCUUUGGAGAAUGUGUUUGUGUAAUUCCCUGGGCUAUGUUAUGAAUUUUUGGAUUUGUUUAUGGAUGUUUAGUACUCUGGUUAUGUGUAUUCCAUAUGGUAUGUAAAUAUUGACUUCCACUGAUAGGGUUGUUUAUAUAAGUUUGACUGAUUACCUGAUAUCCCACUUCGGGUUCGGUUAUAUUUAAAUGGUAUCAAAGUUUUGACGUGGCAA